AUCAUGGGCCUGUCUUUGCACGACGAUGUUCAGCUGAAGAAAUCAGAGAAUGCCUGGAAACCAGGCAUGAAGAGGGAAAGACUCCCAGCGGAACCAGAGUCCAACAAAACACAGGACCUGUUCAAGAAGGUCCGCAGCAUCCUGAACAAGCUGACGCCGGAGAAGUUCAGCCAGCUGGUGAAGCAGGUGUGGGACCUGACCAUCGACACUGAGGAGCGGCUCAAAGGAGUCAUCGACCUGGUGUUUGAAAAGGCCAUUGACGAGCCCAGCUUCUCGGUGGCCUACGGGAACAUGUGCCGCUGCCUCGCCACGCUCAAAGUGCCCAUCACUGACGCUCCCAACAACACAGUGAACUUUCAAAAGCUGCUGCUAAGCCGCUGCCAGAAGGAAUUUGAGAGAGACAAGGUGGAUGAUGUGGUGUUUGAGAGGAAGCAGAAGGAGCUGGACUCUGCUGCAUCGGUAAGUACGGAGCGUGACCGACUUCAGGUAGAGCUGCAGGUGGCCAAGGACAUUGCCCGGCGGCGAUCCAUCAGCAACAUAAAGUUCAUUGGUGAACUCUUCAAGCUAAAGAUGCUAACGGAGGCCAUCAUGCAUGACUGCGUGGUGAAGCUGCUGGGGAACCACGACGAAGAUUCCCUGGAGUGUCUCUGCAGGCUGCUCACCACAAUCGGCAAGGACUUUGAUUUAGUGAAGGCCAAGCCUCGGAUGGAUCACUAUUUUAAGCAGAUGGAAAAAAUCAUCAGAGAGGGGAAGACGUCUUCACGGACAAGGUUCAUGUUGCAGGACACCAUAGACCUGAGAUUGCACAAAUGGGUGUCAAGAAGAGCCAACCAGGGUCCAAAGACAAUUGAUCAGAUCCACAAGGAGGCAAAGCUUGAGGAGGAAGAGGAGCAGAGAAAAGUGCAGCAGCAACUGUACUUCAAGGACACCAGGAGACGGCCAGAUCCAAGGGAGCAGAGGGAGCAGAGGGAGCAGAGAGAGCAGAGACAGCAGAGACAGCAGAGAGAGCAGAGACAGCAGAGAGAGCAGAGACAGCAGAGAGAGCAGAGAGAGCAGAGGGAGCAGAGAGAUCCGCAAGUACAGGGAGAGGAGACCUGGAACACUGUGCCCAUGAGGAAGAAUGGCAGGACCAUCGACCCCAACAAGAUCCCAAAGAUCUCCAAGUUCGACCCCUCACCUCAACCCUCCACCACUCCUCCACAGAACCCAGACAUCGACGCCGGGACAACUCACGGAAGUCGUAGCCGUACAGAAAAAAAGUGCAGCAACAAGCCGCUGAUCUCUGCACCGAAAGUCACUGAGGUCGAAUCUGAGCCAGAGCGUAGCAGAGUCCGAGAGCCUGUGAAACCUGAGCCUGUUCAGACGAGAGAGAAACCUGCUCGGUCUGAGGAGGAGAUCGAGAGGAAGUGCAAGUCCAUCAUCGACGAGUUCCUGCACCUUAAAGAUUUCAAGGAGGCUGUCCAGUGUGUGGUGGAACUUGAUCUGGGCUCUCAGUCUCACAUCUUCAUACGCGUGGGGGUGGAGUCGACUCUGGAGCGCAGUCAGAUCACACGGGACCACUUGGGCCAGCUCCUCUUCCAGCUGGCGCAGAAGGGAAUCCUGCCCAAACCCCAGUUCUACAAAGGGUUUGCAGACACGCUGGAGCAAGCGGACGACAUGGCCAUCGACGUUCCCCACAUCUGGCUGUACCUGGCCGAGCUGCUCAGCCCUGUGCUGAAGGAGGGGGGCUUCUCUAUGAGAGAGCUCUUUAGUGAAUUAAGCAAACCUUUGCUUCCUGUGGGAAGAGCUGGGAUCUUGAUCUCUGAAAUACUGCUCAUACUAUGCAAACAAAUGGGCCAUCGUACUGUGGCUUCUCUGUGGGAAGAAUCAGGCCUCAACUGGACUGACCUUCUGCCGGAGGAAGAGGACGUCCAGGCUUUCAUCUCACAACAGAAACUCCAGUUUCUUCAGCCACAGAGUCCGAGUGUCUCAGAGCACAAACCUGAGCCAGAGGGCAGCAGUGUCCGAGAGGCUUUGAACAGCCUUGCAGAGUCAGAGACUGAGCUGGAGACAGCCGCCGUUGAGCCUUCUCUCAUGCCCCCCGCUUCACUACAGCCCCAAGCCUCUAGUCCUGCUUACAGAGAGGCCUCCUCUGAAACUUUGCCUGCUGACACCACUCCUCAACAGAACCCCAAAUUCGACGCCGGGACAACUCUGGGAAGCCGUACAGGCAGGAAGCGCAGGAAGAACAGAAAGCGCAGCGCAAAGCCGCUGAGCUCUGCACCGUCUCAGCCGGAUCUGUACACCAGGGGAAGCAGCUCAAAGGAGCUGCUGGAGCGUCCAACCCCGGAGGAGCCGCCAAGAGACAGCGAGCCAGAGGGAGCUGUGCCUAGGAGACCGAAUGUCUCAGAGGACGAAUCUGAGCCAGAGGGCAGCAAGGAUGCGCCAAACCGGCAGGCCAACCCACCUGAAGCGGCCAACUCAAGUGAGCGUCUCUCAGCCAAGGAACCAGCCUCUUCUCACUUUUCCUCAGUCGAGGAGCUGAAACCCUCUUUGGUGCCACCUCAGACUCUGAACACAGACAAGCCUCUCUUAGACGCCCCUGGAACUCUGGCUGCCUUGUCUGGAGCAGCCCCCUUGGCUUUGAACAGCCUUGCAGAGUCAGAGACUGAGCUGGAGACAGCCGCCGUUGAGCCUUCUCUCAUGCCCCCCCCUUCACUACAGCCCCAAGCCUCUAGCCCUGCUUACAAAGAGGCCGCAUCUGAAACUUUGCCUGCUGACCCCACUCCUCAACAGAACCCAGACAUCGAAGCCAGGACAACUCUGGGAAGCCGUACAGGCAGGAAGCGCAGGAAGAACAGAAAGCGCAGCGCAAAGCCGCUGAGCUCUGCACCGUCUCAGCCGGAUCUGUACACCAGGGGAAGCAGCUCAAAGGAGCUGCUGGAGCGUCCAACCCCGGAGGAGCCGCCAAGAGACAGCGAGCCAGAGGGAGCUGUGCCUAGGAGACCGAAUGUCUCAGAGCACAAAUCUGAGCCAGAGGGCAGCAGUGUCUCUAGUCCUGCUUACAGAGAGGCCGCCUCUGAAACUUUGCCUGCUGACACCACUCCUCAACAGGACCCCAACUUCGAAGCCGAAUGUGUGAAGGAGAACCUGGCUGAAUCUCACCUGAGCUCGUCUCCCUACCUGAGGGCGUUGAUGACGGCUGUCUGUAAGGCAGCAGUGAAAGAUAACACCAACUGUCGAGUGCACACGGCCCUCAUUCAAAAGAGAUUACCUGUAUUGCUCCAGUACCGGAACUCAGAGAGUGAGCGACAGCUGCAUGCUCUUCAGGAACUUCAGUCGCUGAUCGUCGCCCUCGAUCAUCCUCCAAACCUCCUCAAGAUAUUCUUCGAGUGUAUGUACGACGAGGACGCAUUCUGCAAGUCGGGGACGAGAAAAGACCCGGCCAAUCAGCUGGAUAAGGGCGUGGCCCUGACGACCGUCACAGCCUUCUUCACCUGGCUGCGGGAGGCGGAGGAGGAGUCGGAAGACAAUUGA